CUGAGAUUUAGGUCGAAUAUAAUAAUAAACUAAGAUACAUCUUUUUGAACGAAUACAAAAUGGCGUCAGAAUCUGAAACACCACCUACUGUGGUCAGUGAACAAGAGAAAAUGGAAUCUGUGUCUGAUGGUCCCCAGAAAGUAGAAGCAGAAAGUGAAAAACAACCAGACAAACCUGAUAAAGCAACAGACCCAGGGGGACAAGGAGAUGUCAAUCAAAACCAGACAGAAUCAUCAUCUUCAGGUACAUCCGAGAAUACUAAUGCUGCUUCAGAUACAAAAAUGGAGGAAGUGGAAUUCAAACUAAUAUACAAAAAACAGAAAUACGAUGUCUCAUUUGCUAUGGACAACACUAUAAAACAACUCAAGGAACAUGUUGAAACACUAACAGGUGUUCCAGCAGCUAUGCAGAAAAUCAUGUUUAAAGGUUUAGCUAAAGAUGAGUGUACAUUACGAGACUUAAAAGUGACUAAAGGGUCCAAGAUCAUGGUGGUAGGGUCGACCCUAAAUGAUGUGUUAUCCAUGGGUAAGCCCAGUGCUAAAGAGCUAGAGGCUGAGGCAAAGACAGCAGCAGCAGCCACAAAAGAAUCUUUAUCCAAACAGAAGGACCAUAAAAAGGUGCUAGAUAAAUAUGGGAAACCAGAUGAUUGCAUUCCAGGUCACAAAACUAGGGAGCCCUUACCACACCAACCCAUCGCAGGCAUGUACAACAAGUCGGGAGGUAAAGUCCGACUUACCUUCAAACUAGAGCUGGACCAGGUGUGGAUAGGUACAAAAGAGAGAACGGACAAAAUUCCAAUGAGUUCUAUUAAAGCGAUAGUGAGUGAAGCAAUUGCAGGUCAUGAAGAAUACCAUAUGCUGGGAAUACAAUUAGGCCCAACAGAGGCCUCACGCUAUUGGAUAUACUGGGUGCCCGCACAAUAUGUGGAGGCUAUUAAAGAAACAGUGUUAGGCAAGUGGCAAUAUUUCUGAUUGGAUGUGUUUGUGUAUCUGUUCAUGUGAUGGACAAGUGGAGUGACUUGUAAGGGAAUUUGGAGGACAUAUGAAAAUGUUAGUGACAACCGUGAACAUGUGGAUGGAUGGGUGCAAGAGAUAUCGAUCUGGAACCGUUCUGUAACUGCUUUAUCAAGUAAUCCUUUCCUGGCAAACUCUUUUACCUUUGUUUUAUUAGUUUCUUAAAAGUUUUUGAAACAAAUGUUCUUGUGUUAAAGAUUCUUUCAUGAUUUCUUCCUUGCAUCUAUUGAAAAUUGGUUCUGAUUAUAAUGGUUGUAGCUAUAUUUUUUUACUGAUAUAUACCGUUACAUCAAUGUCAAUUUCAAGUACAGUAUAACCUGUCUAAAUAAUCCUCUGUCUAAUAUAACUUCUUGUCUAGACUGGCUCUGAUAUUUGGUCCCAGCUUUUCCUCUGUUUAAGUAAAGUUUAUCAACCCUGUUUUAUCCAGAUCCUGACUACCCGAGUAUAGUAACUGGUGAAGAUAUAAUAGUUUUGCUAUGUAAAUCUGUGUAAAACCCCAUUGUUCAUUCAGACCUUUAUUUUUCCCAGCAAAAUAUCUUUGUAAUUUUAUUUUUUCCAGACGCAAAAUAUACUAUCUGUUUACCAUCAUUCUUGCACUUUCCGUUAUUGCAAAUGUGAAUGUUUUCUUUAUGUUUCUGUUUUAAAGUAAUUGAAAGUAAAUUGACUUAAAUACAUAGACAUUUAAAAUGUUGAUAUCCCAAAUAAGUGUCUGGACCUGGUAUUAACCUUUUAAGUACAUCAGUUCCAGUAAGGUCCAGUUCACACUGUAAUAUUAUAAUAAAGUUAAAGAUGGUUCAGUCUUCUCCAUGCAAGCAAUGAUAGUUUUUUAUAACAACUUCAGGAAUGAUGCUGUUUUACUGUUAUAUAAAAGUUUGUGUAAGACAAUUAAGCUUACUACAAAUCCUGUAUGACUCCUCUUAUCAUACCGUUGCAAGCCAGGCAAGCUUUAUUCUCUAUCCAAUUGUUGAAAAAUCAGAAGAAAAAUCCCUACAAAUUUUGUAAAAAGUGUGAUAUAUUGCUGAAAGCAAACCAUGCAUUUAAUGUUUCAUAGUGAAAUUGAUGUUUUAUUGCAAUAAAUCAUGAUUGCACAUAA